CUGACUUACUCUUGGCGAUAACUUGCAAGUGUUCUUGUUUCCAGAGAGAGGCAGAACCAGAGCCAUCAACCCCCUCAUAAACCCGCUCAUGCCUCUCCCACCUCCAACCGCCGCCCCCUCAGCCGAGCUCUAGUCCAAUCCGCCGCCGUUCCUGCAUCUCCGAUCGUCGGCCCGCCCAGCAGACGCAGGAUUCAAGAUGGGGUAUCAUUCGGAUGAGGAAUUUUCAGUGGCUGGUGAUAAGCCGGAAGUUGAGUUCAUCGAUUAUCAGAAUGAUAACACUUUUCAGGAUUAUCAAUCUGAUGAUGGUCCUGUGGUUGUUACGACUCCUUUCCCUUUUGAGAACGGCAAGCCUAAAUCUGUCCUUGUUGGAGACACAUCCGCAGAUACCAUUUGCAUAGAGAAUACCUCUUCUGAACCUGUAAACUUGUGGAGUGUUAGAAUUUUCUCUUCAAAUCCAGAAGAUAGUUAUUUGCUGUCCAUGAUGACACCACCGACUAAUGAUGCUGAUGAAGAGGCAAAGAAGGCUUUUCUUGGUUUGACUUCUGUGGAAGAUCGUACACUUCAGCCUGGGCAAACUUUAACAAUCUGGCUGUCCUGUAUGCCAAAAGAAAUUGGUUUACAUACAUCAAUAGUGCAUGUUGAUAUUGGGGACGAGAAGAUUGAGCGUGUGGCUUUUCUAUUGGCUGAUGAUAAUGUUUCAAAGGCAUUAUUUUCUGAUAAACCUUAUUCCAGAGGACGUGGCAGUCAAGGAAAGAAAUUUGAGUGUUCUACAUUUGUGCCAGGUACCCGGCCGGUUCGGCAGCACACCCAAGGAUUCAAGUAUAAGUUACCUCAGUAUGCAAUACCUGUAGAAGUCCGUGAGCUCAUUGAGUGUAAACAGAGACCUGAUGUCCUAUCUGAAGAGCUGAGCAUCAGAAACUAUGCGAAAUUCUUUAGCACUCUUUUAGUCAUGGAAGAAAUUAAUUUGGAGGAGGAGAUGAGAACAUAUAACAUGGAGGGUGUCUCAAUGAGAAGGAGGGGUAAUGGUUUUUUGUCUCUUGAGGUCCUUGGAUUGGCAGAAAAAAGGCCUUCACUAAUCAGUGGAGACUAUAUAGUCGCCAGACAUGCUGGAAGUAAUGAUAGGCCUUAUCAAGGCUUCAUUCACAAGGUUGAAGCUGAUGAGAUAUUUUUGAAAUUUGAUGAUUCGUUUCACAACGCUCACCAUGACAGGAAUAAGUAUGACGCUAGCUUCACAUAUAAUAGAUUGAACAUGAGAAGGCAAUACAAGUCUGUCCACGAGGCAGAACUUAUUGGACCUGACAUUCUGUUUCCCUCCCAAUCCCGUUAUAGAAGUGUCAAGAAGGUUCCAUUUAAACCCCUGAAUCCUGACAUAAACACUGAGCAAGCUGAUGCAGUCGGGAUGAUACUUGGCUGCCGAGGGGUUCCACCAUACUUGAUAUAUGGACCUCCAGGAACUGGCAAAACCAUGACCCUUGUUGAGGCCAUUUUGCAGCUCUAUACAUCCAAUAGGAGGGCAAAUGUUCUCAUAUGUGCUGCUUCCAAUAGCGCUGCUGACCAUAUAUUGGAAAAACUGCUAUCUGCUAGCUAUCUGAUCCGCCCAAGUGAUAUCUUUAGGCUAAAUGCUCCUAGUCGUCAAUACGAUGAUGUUAAUCCUGAUUUUAUCCGGUUCUGCUUCUUUGAAGAUACUGUGUUCAAGUGCCCUCCAAUGCGAGCAUUAAUGCGGUACAGGAUAGUUAUAUCAACCUACAUGUAUUCAUCAACCCUACAGGCUGAGGGUAUUCGCCGGGGGCAUUUCACACACAUUUUCUUGGAUGAGGCUAGCCAAAUUUCUGAACCAGAGGCAAUGGUUCCUGUGUCAGCCUUCUGUGGAAGAGACACCGUUGUUGUGUUAGCAGGAGAUCCUAUGCAAUUAGGGCCGGUUGUUUUCUGUAAACAAGCGGAUAAGGAUGGUUUGGGGACAUCGUAUCUGCAAAGGCUGCUGUGUGACUUUGAGCAGUACCAUUUGGAGGACCCUAACUAUGUGACCAAGCUACUGAGGAACUACCGGUGUCAUCCAGCAAUCCUAGAGCUACCAUCGCAGCUUUUCUACGGGAGUGAACUGAUUGCUUGCAAGGGAGAUGAAGUGCCAUCUGUCUACGAUUGCAUUGGUCUUCCCAACAAGUCAUUCCCUGUUCUUUUUGUUGGAAUUCAGGGAUGUGAUGAAAGAGAAGGCAACAACCCAUCAUGGUUCAACAGAAUCGAAGCUAGUAAAGUAGUAAAUAUCAUCAGGACUCUUACAAGGGAUGGUGAAGUCCGUGAAGCUGAUAUCGGGGUCAUUACUCCAUAUCGUCAACAAGUUGUCAAGAUAAAGAGGGCCCUAGAGACAUUUGAGAUGCCUGACCUGAGAGUCGGAAGUGUUGAACAAUUCCAGGGACAAGAAAGGGAAAUAAUUAUCAUCUCAACAGUCAGGUCAACGGUAAAGCAUAAUGAGAAUGACAAGAUCUUCAAUCUUGGUUUCCUGACCAAUUACCGAAGGUUCAAUGUUGCAAUAACUCGUGCGAAGUCGUUGCUCAUCAUAGUAGGAAACCCUCACAUUAUCACUAAGGAUCGGUACUGGGAUAAGCUCCUGAGGUACUGUGCAGACAAUGGUUCUUAUCAAGGAUGUCCACUUCCGCCACCAGAAGAAGAAUUCGGAUAUUCAGGAUACAGUGACACCCGAGACCAACCUGCUGCUGGGUGGGAGUACAACCAAGAACCCUCUGACCGUGGCUUCAGACAUGGCAGCGCCCCAUCUUCCACCGAAAAGGUGUUGGAAUGGUCCGACAGGCCAGAUGAGGACUACCAUUCAGCUCCCAACGCAGGAGCAGAACCUCAGGAGGAGACACUGCAGCAGGUCGAUGAAGAGGCUGGGCAGGAUGACGUGCAGCCUGGCCAGAACUCAGCCAACGACGACAGUGCGGUUGACACCGCAUAUGUGCAGAAGUACACCUUUCCUCCUGGUUGGGGCGACGUCUCGAGCAUCCCUGCGACAGGCUGGGACUGACUAACCCAACCAGCCUCGUAGUCGCCCCUUAUGGGUGAUAUAAACUAUUUUUUUUCUUUUCGUAAGGGUCAUUGCCGUUUGUAGAAUAACCUGGGGAUCACCCUCGUGGAGCUAAACUUCCCGGGCAUCUCUCCUCUCUUUGCUCUCGAAGGGUUGAACUCACCCUCGCUAAUUCUGAAUGUCUCUAGUGUCUGCUGAAUUUCCUUGUUUAUUAAGCCGUCGUGAACUGGAUGUUGCUGACUGUGUGGGAUGGGUGGACGUGCUACUAUGUCCCUGUUGUUAAAAAGAAAUCUGAAUGUAAUUGUCUUCGCA